GAGGCAUACGAAAUAAGGAGAAGUUCCACCCAUUAAACUGCGAUCCCAGGAUUGUCAACCCCAGGCUCACCUGAGACGCUCCCCGGUCCUCACAUCAGCACAGUUCUCCGCGUUGUUUGCGUAAUUUACAGGGUCAGCGCCGGCGGUCGGCACCCGCACGAGCAUGUCCCCGACAAGCUCAACAACUGCGUCGCAGCAUACGCCCCUGGGAACACUCAAUAUGAUCUUGAGCACGUCGCCCGACGUAUAAAUGGGCUCAUGGCGCGAGGUCGAUCUGCCAUCGCUACGACCUAUCCCUUCGCCGUCGCUUGAUCAGCUCUGUAACCGCCAACAAUGUGGAUGAACAUCGCACCCUUGUUCACUCUACUGUCGUGUUCUGCGGCGCUGAACGUUCUGCUCACGAACGAUGAUAGCUGGGCUUCCGCGAACAUCCGCGCCACUUACACGGCUCUGAAGGCCGACGGUCAUAACGUCCUUCUGGUAGGUCCCGCUGUCCAGCAGUCAGGCAAAGGCGGGACAUUCGUCCUCCCCACGACGGACAUCGUUGCUCCUGGAGGAGAGUUCGCUUCGAUUCCGGUCGGUGCGCCGUUCUUCGGUCAAGACUCCCAAAACCCGAACCUAUUUUACUUUAAUGGCACCCCGGCGGCCACGGUCGUGUUCGGCAUUGAUAUUAUCGCUCCCAAGCACUUCGGAAGCAGUCCCGUCGACCUGGUAGUGUCCGGUCCAAACGAAGGCCAGAACAACGGUCCGUUCUUGUAUACACUUAGCGGCACCAUCGGCGCUACGUACACUGCCGUCGAACGCGGGAUUCCUGCUAUUGCCUUCUCUGCCGGAAACUCUACUCAUCGUUCGUUCACUACGAACACUAACGAGACGAGCGAUCCCGCCAACCUCGCUGCCAAGGUCGUGGCCGACCUUGUUCGCGCACUGUCCGACAAGGUGAACGUCACCCAGGAGCGCCUGCUUCCUCUAGGCAUCGGACUCACCGUCAAUAUCCCUACCUUCGGCCCUAGUAGCAACUGCAGCGCGCCUCCGUUUACCUUCACUCGUCUUACGGGCGGGGCAACCGUGAACCAGAUCACCUUGGACCCGAACACAGGCUUCCCUGUGUCUAACGACCUGGAGGCUCGCGGGAUCAACGCCAACAUCAACGGGAUUCGCGAGGACCCCGGUGAGACGCCGACUAGCGCUGAAUGUGAGACUGCCGUCAGUAUCUUUGCGGUUGACUACGAUGCUCCGGAACGCAUCGCUCGCCCUAUCCAAAAGCGCCUCCGGCGGAACAUCCGUUCUGACCAUCUGCUUUGAGUUCGGUGACCAGAGCGCGUUGAGAUGUCAUGUAGUCACUUAGGGCGUACGUUGUUUGUUGAUGAAU